GUGAGCUCUUAGAGAAUGUGUGUGUGUGUGUGUGUGUGAGGUUGAAAUGCGCUGAAAUCGCACUGCACUUCUGCUUCAGCGUUGUUGUAGUCAAUACAGAGGAAUCCUCAGUGCGCGCGAGCUACUUGGUUGAGUCAUGCCCUCAGACCUUUCUGCCUCUGAGUCGCUCUGCCCUCACGCCAUGAACAAGACGUCCCUGCCGAGCGAAGACAACAAGCUGAUGGAUAAGAACCAAGUGCAGAACGGCAUGGAGGAGGAGGAGAGCGUCCUAGAGAGGAACUGGAUCCGUCCAGAUCUGUCCAGCAGGUGCACAUGGCGGCUCGGGGAGCCGAACACGAACUCUCCUCACGUCCACACAGAACGGACGAAGACUCCCAGCAUUCUGCCCAACAUCCUGAGACACAUCGGAAACACGCCACUGGUUCGCAUCAACAAGAUUCCCAAAAUGUUCGGGGUGAAGUGUGAGAUCUUGGCUAAGUGUGAGUUUUUUAACGCCGGAGGCAGUGUGAAGGAUCGCAUCGCCGUCCGUAUGGUGGAGGACGCGGAGAGAGACGGCAUCCUCAAACCCGGAGACACCAUCAUCGAGCCUACCUCUGGAAACACAGGUAUCGGUCUGGCCCUGGUUGCGGCAGUAAAAGGUUACCACUGCAUCAUUGUCAUGCCUGAGAAAAUGAGCAUGGAGAAGGUGGACGUGCUGCGUGCUCUCGGAGCCGAGAUCGUCCGGACCCCGACCGCUGCCCGUUUUGACUCUCCGGAGUCUCACGUGGGCGUGGCCUGGCGCCUGAAGAACGAGAUCCCCAACUCCCACAUUCUGGAUCAAUAUCGUAACGCCAGCAACCCGCUGGCUCACUACGACAACACAGCCGAGGAGAUCCUGGAGCAGUGUGACGGUAAAAUAGACAUGCUGGUGGGCGGAGCUGGAACAGGCGGGACCAUGACUGGUGUUGCACGCAAGCUGAAGGAAAAAUGCCCAAAUAUACAGAUUAUUGGUGUGGACCCUGAGGGCUCGAUCCUAGCAGAGCCAGAGCACCUGAAUGAAACAGAUAAGACCCAGUACGAGGUGGAGGGAAUCGGAUACGACUUCAUCCCCACCGUAUUGGACAAAUCUGUGAUUGACGAUUGGUGCAAGAUUGAGGAUGAGGAGUCCUUUAACAUGUCACGCAUGCUCAUCCGACAGGAAGGACUGCUGUGUGGUGGUAGUUCAGGAUCAGCCAUGUCUGCAGCAAUGAAGAUGGCGAAGGAGCUGAAGGAAGAUCAGCGCUGUGUGGUCAUCCUCCCCGACUCACUUCGGAACUACAUGUCCAAAUUCCUCAGUGACAAGUGGAUGUGUGAAAAAGGCUUUCUGAGAGAGGAGGACCUGAUGGUCAACAAACCUUGGUGGUGGAAUCUGACUCUACAGGAGCUGCGCCUCUCUGCCCCUCUAACAGUUCUGCCAUCUGUCAGCAUUAAAAACACCAUAAAGAUCCUGAAGGACAAGGCGUUUGACCAGGCUCCUGUAGUCGACGAGGCUGGAAUGAUUGUGGGGAUGGUCACCCUGGGUAACAUGCUGUCCUCUGUACUCGCUGGGAAGGUCAGUCCUUCGGACCCCGUCAACAAAGUCCUGUAUAAGCAGUUCAAACAGGUUCAUCUGACAGAUAACCUGGGUAAGCUCUCCAGGAUCCUAGAGACGGACCACUUUGCCCUGGUGGUGCACGAUCAGAUCCAGUACCUGACAGACGGCUCGUCAGCUCUGAAGAAGAUGGUGUUUGGCAUCGUCACGGCCAUCGACCUGCUGAACUUUGUGACCACUCGCGAGAGGAGAGAGCGCACGCUGUCCGAGUCCUCGCUCCCCGAUGACAUGUAGUUGACCUCUGACACACACACACACACAAACACAAAAUUACAACAAAUUUAUAGUUUUAAAGAUGUAUCACAAACCUGGGGGUCACAGAGUAGUGCUCUCUGAUCUCUUAACUGUUUAGUUUUCUGGGCCAGAAAUGAAGUCCAACCCCAGCCAGAACAGUUGCAGCUUAUCUCCGCCUCUUUUUUCCCUUAAAAGGAAAUAAGACGUGUUGAUUUUUUUUUUCAGUGUUUUCACCUCAGUAGAAGCUGGUCAGUGUUACACACUGCUCCAGAAACAAGCACAUAGCUGUUAGAAAUCCAAUCCAGGGUGUAUUACGAUUUCCUGCCAAAUACAGAGCGCAUUGUAACUUUAUUCGCUUUAUUCUCACUGUGAUAAAGAUUAUCAUUAAUUAAUUAUUCUCACUUUCAUUUUUGAGCUGUGUAAACAAAUAUUGUCACUUUCUGGCUCUUCUGGCGUUCUGUAUGAGGCUCGACCGCCACCUGGUGGCCAGAUGGGAUCACUGCAGAAUAGCCGAAGAAUACAACUGCUAUAAAAUGUUCCUGUAUUAUUGUUGGACUAUUGAUGCUUUGGCCUUGUCUAAGGAAAACGGAUAGUUUUACUUCUUCUUCUUCUUCUUCUUCUUCAUCUUUCACUUGUCAGUUUAUUAUAAAACUGCGUGUAAGAUGGUUUGAAUGUAAAUAAGGGCAGGUGUAAGGUAAAAGGUGAUCAGGUUCAUGCUGUGAAUGUUAAUCUCGUAAUGUUAAUGAAUGCUUCAACCUCCACCUCUUUUCUUUUUUUCUUGGAGGUAUUUUUCAAUGCCGCAUUCAAUUUGCUCUUAUUUUAAAUAAAGGUGUUUUUUUUCUUUAGUCUUUAGGACAAA